GUUGCAAACUUCACAAUCGAGUAUUUCCAGUUUCUGUUUUGGUUCAGUUUUUUUUUUUUUUUUCCCUGUACUUCGUUAUUGAGUGGAUUCGUUAAACGUUUCUACUGAUGCAAAUUUUGCAUAUCCUAUCUUCUUUUCUCUCUUCUGUUCAUUGAGCAUGUCCGUGAAAAUAGUGAGUCUGCAUCGGGUACUUUUAAUCUGAGAAUUAAAAUAAAUAAGAAGGCGCGAUAUUUCUGUAAAAUUGAUCAAGAGAAUUAUGCCUCCUUCUAUUGGAUGGAGGUAACUAGAACUUAUUAAUGUUGCUUUACUCGUAAUGCAUAUAUAGGACUUCGUUUUUCUUCCAAGUUGAUUUGUCAACUUGACUUGUAUAGGUUCGACGGGCUUAGGUCUAGGUGUUUAACUCUCCUUUUACUGGUUUGGGGUUACUACAUGUGUGAUGUUACAGUUCUCCAUGCGUGAAGCCAUAGUCAGAUGGUUUUCUGAAGAGAGCAUGGAGAAAAUGGUUGCAGAAUUCAGUUAACUUUUGGUUUGGCAUGGAGGCAAUCUUGUUUUGGAGUUGUUGCUUGUUGGGUGAUUGGUUGGAGAUUCAAAUUCCAUAGUGGAGAAGGGUGCAGAUAUUGUGGUACAAAGUCAGAUUUUGGAUGUUAUUAUAGGCACCACUUUCUUCUAACUUUCUGGAUAUACGUGUUCUUUUAGUUGGGAAGAAUACAACGUUUUGUUUUAGAAGUAAUUGCUGUUUGCGGGACAUACUAGUGUUUAUUUUUUAUGUUGUGUUUGAAUAUGACAUCUUGGCCGCUAUAUCUGUAGUCUAUAUAGGGUAGAAUUGAAUUUGUUUCUUUUAAAAAAAAUCUUCAGAUCCCCUCUGCUCUCUCGGGUUUUUAAUCAUGUUGUAUGUUAUGUUUCAUUAUCUCUUUACGAAUCUCCAAAAUUAACAUAUGCUGCCACAGUUCAGAUAUCAGAAAUGGAAGGAAGAAUUUGAGUUGUAACCCAAGAUAAUCUUGGAGAAUUACACUGUGUCUUGCUUUAUUGUAUAAUGACGUCUUGUCAAUGUCUUGUGUGGUGUUGUCUUAACAGAGAAAUGGAAGGAAACCAGGCACUAAAUAAUUUCAAAGUUGGAUCUCUGCCCACUUUAAUAUACAUUCCUGACUUCAUUACAGAAAAUGAAGAAACUAUACUUCUAAAAAAUAUUUAUGAUGCCCCUGUAUCGAAGUGGAAAUCUUUAAAGAAUAGGAGGCUACAAAACUGGGGUGGUGUAGUUCAUGAAAAGGGUCUGAUAUCACAGGAUUGUGUUUCUCUCCUUGCAGUGCCCUCAUGGUUAACAAAGAUCACAUGCAGGAUAUAUGAAGAAUCUGGGCUAUUCCCAUCGCCAAUUAACCAUGUCCUUAUCAAUGAAUAUCUUCCUAACCAAGGCAUAAUGGGACACCAGGAUGGGCCAGCUUACUAUCCAGUUGUAGCAAUUCUGUCUCUUGGGUCACCUGUUGUUAUGAAUUUCACUCCCCAUUCAAGAUUGACAUUGGGCGCAGGCACAUGUACACAUAAUGCUUUGUAUUCAAAUUCUGAUGUGGGACUUUUCAAGAGUGAUACAGAUAAGUCGUUGGAUGAACACCACCCAUUUCCUGUCUUAUUGAUGCCGCGCAGUUUGCUUAUAUUCAAAGAUAAAGCAUACUCGGAUUACUUGCAUGCUAUAAACGACAGUGAGGUACACAGUUAUGAUAAGGUUGUAAACGAAGCACAAGCUCGACCUUGGCAAGGCCUAGAUCAUCCAUCUUCACAAUUGGAUGGAACUGUUGAAACAUUGAAUACUGUGGACCUCAAGAGUAUUCAUAGAACUACCACUAGAGUUUCUUUAACAUGUCGAUUAGUUUUGAAAGUUCAUAAAAAUUUGUUCAGGUUUUAGUCAUCGGAUAGUGUAACAUAGUUCUUCUCUUCUGUUUUUUGGUCUGCUAACAUUAAGAGCAUUUUGCUCCCGACUGGGGGACAGUGGGAGCACAUGAUGACUUAUUUCAUUGCAUGCGGGUAUUAAUUAACAUGUGCUAGACAAGAUAUUUUGUUGCAAUGUACUUCAUUUUCACUAAGAAUACACUUGAAAGAAAGCAGUUUUGAGAGGAA